GAGCUCAUUCCCCACGCUGGCCACCCUGACUCUGUCCUGGACAGUGUGCCCAGCAGCCACCACUGGCCAUGGCAGGGCCCCAGGGCCGUCUCCUGCUCUGCCUCCUGGCCUUCUGUCUAGCAGGCUCCAGCUUCAUCAUGGGGCAGAAGGUGCUGUCUAAACGCUGUGACAUGAAGACCAGGUUUUAUACGCAUACACCCUGUACCCCAUGUGCCGCUGUCAAGAGGCGGGUGUGUCCCCCAGGCUGGAUCCGGGAGUUCCCUGAGAAGAUAUCCCAGGACUGCCGCUAUGAGGUACAACUGGGGGACUCAUUGCUGUCUAUGAGCGGCUGCAGACAGGAGUGCUGGAAAGAGGUGGUGCAGAAGACCUGCUGCCCUGGCUACUGGGGGUCUGAAUGCUACGAGUGCCCUGGGGGUGCUGAGACUCCAUGCAACGGCCAUGGGACCUGCCUGGAUGGCAUAGCCAGGAAUGGGACCUGUGUGUGCCAAGAAAACUUCAGCGGCUCAGCCUGUCAGGAAUGCCAAGAUCCCAACCGUUUUGGCCCUGACUGCAAGUCUGUGUGCAGUUGCAUCCAUGGUGUGUGCAGACGUGGGCCACGUGGGGAUGGGACCUGCCUGUGCUUUGCUGGAUACACUGGACCCCACUGUGACCAAGAGCUCCCAGUCUGCCAGGCCCUGAAGUGUCCCAAGAACUCCCAGUGCUCAGCAGAGGCCCCCUCCUGCCGCUGCCUGCCUGGUCACACCCAGCAAGGCAGUGAAUGCCAAGCCCCCAACCCCUGCCAGCUACCCUCCCGCUGUGCCCUGUGGGCCCAGUGCUCGGUGAGCCCCAUGGGCCAGGCACAGUGUCGCUGCCAAGAGGGUUACCAUGGUGAUGGGACAGUGUGUCUGCCCCAGGACCCGUGCACCACCAACCACGGUGGCUGCCCAAGCAAUUCCACCCUGUGCAUAUACCAGCGGCCAGGCAAGGCCUCCUGCUCAUGUAAACCUGGCCUGGUCAGCGCCAGCCACAAUGCCACCGCUGGCUGCUUUGCCACCUGCUUCCCCCUUUCCUGUGAUCGGUCAGCUACCUGCCAGGUGACCUCAGAUGGGAAGAUCAGCUGUGUGUGUAAGGAGGGUGAGGUGGGAGAUGGACGUGCCUGCUUCGGCCACCUGCUCCAUGAGGUGCAGAAGUCUAGCCAGGUGGGCCUUGUGGUGUUGCGUCUGAGAGCCGCCCUCGACAUACUGGGCCAGGGCUGCGGGGAGCUCCUCAGCACUUCAGGCCCUUUCACUGUGCUCGUGCCAUCUGUCACCUCCUACUCCAGGAUCACAAACGUGUCCCUUGCCCAGCAGCUCUGCAGACAGUACAUCAUCGCAGGGCAGCACGUGCUGGAGGAGGGCGGCCUGCAGACACGCCGCUGGUGGACGCUGGCCGGGCAGCUCAUCACCGUCACCUUCAGCCGCUUCAUACAUAAAUACUCCUACACUUACGAAGAUCAGCCCCAGAAGAAAUUCAGUAUUCACAGGGCCAAUUAUCCAGCCUCCAAUGGCGUCUUCCAUGUGGUUACCAACCUGCGAUUGGAGCCCCCCUCAGGGUUCUUUGGGGACCCAGAGAGAACUAUCGGCAGGAUUCUCGCCUCCACUGAGGCCUUCAGUCGCUUUGAGACCAUUCUGGAGAACUGUGGGCUGCCCUCCAUCCUGGAUGGGCCUGGACCCUUCACAGUCUUUGUUCCAAGCAACGAGGCUGUGGACAGCUUACGAGAUGGCCGCCUCAUCUACCUCUUCACAUCAGGUCUCUCCAAACUGCAGGAGCUGGUGAGGUACCACAUCUACAGCCACGGCCGGCUGACCACAGAGAAGCUCAUCUCCAAGGGUCGGGUCCUCACCAUGGCAAACCAGGUCCUGGCUGUGAACAUCUCUGAGGAGGGACGCAUCCUUCUGGGACCUCAGGGAGUCCCACUGAAGCAAGUAGAUGUGCUGGCUGCCAAUGGUGUGAUGCAUGUGCUGGAUGGUGUCCUGCUGCCUCCCACCAUCCAGCCCAUCCUACCCAAGCACUGCAGUGAGGAGCAGCACCAGAUGGUGAUGGGUUCCUGUGUAGACUGCCAAGCCCUGAACACCAGCACAUGCCCCCCCAACAGCAUGGAGCUGGACAUAUUCCCCAAGGAGUGUGUCUACAUUCAUGACCCUACUGGCCUCAAUGUUCUGAAGAAGGGCUGCGCCCGCCACUGCAACCAAACCAUCACGAAGCUAGGCUGCUGCAAAGGAUUUUUUGGCCCCGACUGUGCGCAGUGUCCUGGGGGCUUCUCCAACCCCUGCUAUGGAAAAGGCAACUGCAGUGACGGGGUCCAGGGCAACGGAGCUUGCCUCUGCUUCCCAGACUACAAAGGCAUCGCCUGCCACAUCUGUAACAACCCAAAGAAACAUGGAGACCAGUGCCAAGAAGACUGUGGCUGUGUCCAUGGUCUAUGUGACAACCGUCCAGGCAGUGGGGGGGUGUGCCAGCAUGGCACAUGUGCUCCUGGCUUCAGCGGCCGCUUCUGCAAUGAGACCAUGAGAGACUGUGAGGCCACGGGUCUGGCCCAGCAUUGCCACCAGCAUGCCCGCUGUGUCAUCCAGGAGGGUACCGCCAGGUGUGUCUGCCUUGAUGACUUUGAGGGCGAUGGAUUCUCCUGUGCACCCAGCAACCCCUGCUCCCACCCAGACCGUGGUGGCUGCUCAGAGAAUGCCGAGUGUGUUCCCGGAGCUCCGGGUACCCAUAAUUGCACGUGUCACAAAGGCUGGAGUGGUGACGGCAGGGUCUGCGUGGCCAUCGAUGAGUGUGAGCUGGGUGCACGAGGCGGCUGUCAUAUCGAUGCCCUCUGUAGCUACGUGGGCCCUGGGCAGAGCCGGUGCACCUGCAAGCUGGGCUUCGCCGGAGAUGGUUACCUGUGCAGCCCCAUCGACCCCUGUCGAGUGGGGAACGGCGGCUGCCACGACCUGGCCACCUGUCGGGCAGUAGGGGGAGGUCAGCGGGUCUGCACAUGCCCUGCUGGCUAUGGAGGUAAUGGCUUCAACUGCUACGGAGACAUCUUGCAGGAGCUGGAGGCAAAUGCCCACUUCUUCAUCUUCUCCCAGUGGAUCAAGAAUGCCAGCAUCACCCUUCCUGCUGACAGCCGCAUCACAGCACUGGUGCCCUCUGAAUCUGCCAUCCGCAGCCUGAAUCCCAAGGACCGGGCCUUCUGGUUGCAACCAAAGAUGCUGCCGCAGCUGGUCAGGGCACAUUUUCUCCAGGGUGCUCACUCUGAGGAGGACCUGGCCCGACUGGGUGGACAAGAUGUGGCCACCUUGAACCCUACCACACACUGGGAGAUUCGCAACAUUAGUGGGAGGGUCUGGGUGCAGAAUGCCAGUGUGGAUGUGGCUGACCUCCUUGCCACCAAUGGUUUCCUACACAUCCUCAACCAGGUCUUACUACCUCCACGGGGGGACAUGCUGCCAGGGCAGGGAUUGCUACAAUUACUGGGCUCCAUCCCGGCCUUCAAUCUCUUCCUGAAGCUGCUGCAGCACCACAAGCUGAUUGCCCAGAUUGAUGCUGCCCUCGCCUACACCAUCUUCGUGCCUACAAACCAAUCACUGGAGAUUCAGGGCAAUAGCAGCAACCUGGACUUGGACACAGUUCGACAUCAUGUGAUCCUGGGGGAGGCCCUCACUGUGGAAGACCUGAGGAAAGGGGGGCACCGAAACUCACUUCUGGGCUCUGCCCACUGGCUGGUCUUCUACAACCACAGUGGCCAGCCUGAAGUGAACCAUGUGCCUCUGGAAGGCCCCAUUCUGGAAGCCCCAGGUGCCUCACUGUUUGGCCUGUCUGGCGUUCUGACAGUGGGCUCCAGCCGCUGCUUACACAGUCAUGCUGAGGCCCUUCGGGAGAAAUGCACCAACUGCACCCGGAAAUUCCGCUGCACCAGGGGCUACCAGCUACAGGACACCCCCAAGAAGAGCUGUGUCUAUCGCUCUGGCUUAUCCUUCCACCGGGGCUGUUCUUACACAUGUGCCAAGAAGAUUGAGGUGCCUGACUGUUGCCCUGGUUACUUUGGCACACUAUGUGAGCCAUGCCCAGGGGGUCUGGGCGGUGUGUGCUCUGGCCACGGGCAGUGCCAGGACAGGUUCCUGGGCAGUGGGGAGUGCCGUUGUCAGGAGGGCUUCCAUGGAACAGCCUGUGAGAUGUGUGAGCUGGGCCGCUAUGGGGCCAACUGUGCUGGAGUAUGUGACUGUGCCCAUGGCCUGUGCCAGGAGGGACUUCAUGGAGAUGGAAGCUGUGUCUGUAAUGUGGGCUGGCAGGGCCUCCGCUGUGACCAGAAAAUCACCAGCCCCCAGUGCCCAGAGAAAUGUGACCCUAAUGCCAACUGCAUUCAAGACUCGGCUGGAGCCUCCGUCUGUGUCUGCUCUGCAGGAUACUCCGGCAACGGCACCCAAUGUUCAGAGAUGGACCCCUGUGCCGAUGGCCAUGGUGGCUGUUCCCCACAUGCCAACUGCACCAAGGUGGCACCUGGACAGCGGAUAUGCACCUGCCAGGAAGGCUACACGGGUGAUGGGGAACUGUGCCAGGAGGUUAACAACUGUCUCAUCUACCAUGGGGGUUGCCAUAUUCAUGCUGAGUGCAUCCCCACAGGCUCCCAGCAGGUCUCUUGCAGCUGCCGAGAGGGUUACAGCGGGGAUGGUGUGCAGAACUGUGAACCUCUGGACCCCUGUUCCCAGCGCAAUGGAGGCUGCAGUCCCUAUGCGGUAUGCAAAAGCAUAGGAGCCGGUCAGAGGACUUGCACCUGCGAUGCUGCUCACACUGUGGGGGACGGAUUCACCUGCCGUGCCAGAGUUGGCCUGGAGCUCCUCCGGGACAGGCAUGCCUCAUUCUUCAGCCUCUACCUCCUGGAAUACAAGGAGCUCAAGGGUGACGGACCUUUUACAAUCUUUGUGCCACAUUCAGAUCUAAUGACCAACCAGACACUGAUUGAGCUGGCCCGGAUUCGUGCACACCGCCAGCUAGCAUUCCGCUACCACGUAGUGGGCUGCCGGAAGCUGGAGAGCCAGGAGCUGUUAGAUGCUGAGUACAUCACGGCGCUCUCGGGGCACACGCUGCGCUUCAGCGAGAGAGAGGGUAGCAUAUACAUCAAUGACUUCGCGCGCAUUGUGAGCAGCGACCACGAGGCUGUGAACGGUAUCCUGCACUUCAUUGACCGUGUCCUGCUGCCGCCAGAUGCGUUACACUGGGAGCCUAAUGUUGUCCCAACCCCAAAGAGAAAUGUCACCGCUGCUGCCAAGAGCUUCGGUUAUACUAUCGUCAGCAGCCUCAUAACGAUGGCUGGACUCCUGCCUUUGCUUCAAGAUGUGUCCCAUAGGCCUUUCACAAUGCUAUGGCCCACAGACUCUGCCCUGCAAGCCUUGCCCCCUGAGCGCCAGGCCUGGCUGUACCAUGAAACUCAUCGUGACAAGCUGGCAGCCAUUCUGCGGGGCCACAUGAUCCACAGUGUCGAGGCUUUGGCAUCCGACCUGCCCAACCUGGGCUCACUCCGCACCAUGCAUGGGACCCCCAUCUCCUUCUCCUGCAGCCGCACCCGACCUGGGGAGCUCAUGGUGGGUGAGGAUGACGCCCGCAUUGUGCAGAGACACCUGCCCUUUGAGGGUGGCUUGGCCUAUGGCAUUGACCAGCUGCUUGAGCCACCAGGCAUUGGGGCCCGCUGUGACCGUUUUGAGACCCAGCUAGUGCAGAAGGCCUGUGGCAUCUGUGGGCUGGAGCCACCCUGUCCUCAGGGCUGGAAGGACCAGGGCAGCCCCGAGGCUUGCUGGCACUUAUACACAAAAUUACGACCAGCUUUUACACUGCGCCCAUGGGUACAAGGCAGCUGGGGGCGGCCCAGCCUCUGGGGCCGUACCCAUAGCUUGGGAAGGGGCUGCCGCCGAAACUGUGUCACCAGUACGUGGAAGCCCAGCUGCUGCUCUGGUCACUAUGGCAGUGAGUGCCGAGCAUGCCCCGGAGGCCCCAGCAAUCCCUGUAGUAACCAUGGUGUGUGCUCGGAUGGCAUGAGUGGCAGUGGGCAGUGCACUUGCCACUCAGGCUUCGCUGGGACAGCCUGUGAACUCUGUGCGUCAGGUGCCUUUGGGCCCCAUUGCCAAGCCUGCCGCUGUACCUCCCACGGACAUUGUGAUGAGGGCCUUGGGGGCUCUGGUACCUGCUUCUGUGAUGAGGGCUGGACAGGGCCACACUGUGAGGUGCAGCUGGAGGUGCAGCCCGUGUGCACGCCACCCUGCGCUUCCCAGGCCAUGUGCCGUGUGAACAACAGCUGUGAGUGCAGCCUGGGUUAUGAAGGGGACGGCCGAGUAUGCACAGUGGUGGACCUGUGCCAGGAUGGGCAUGGUGGCUGCAGUAAGCAUGCCAACUGCAGUCAGAUGGGCACAGUGGUCACCUGCACCUGCCUACCAGACUAUGAGGGUGAUGGCAGGAUCUGCUGGGCCCGCAAUCCCUGUGAAGAUGGUCACCGUGGAGGCUGCAGCGAGCAUGCUGACUGUCACAACACUGGCCCGAACACACGGCGCUGCGAGUGCCACAUGGGUUAUGUGGGUGACGGGCUACAAUGUCUGGAGGAGCCUGAAUUGCCUGUGGAUCGCUGUUUGGACCAACCCCGACCCUGUCACGUGGAUGCCGUGUGCACUGACCUACACUUCCAGGAAAAACAAGCUGGGGUCUUCCACCUCCAAGCCGCCAGUGGCCCUUACGGCCUGACCUUCUCAGAGGCCGAGGCAGCAUGUGCGGCCCAGGGAGCUGUCCUGGCAUCUCUUCUUCAGCUCUCUGCUGCCCAACAGCUGGGCUUCCACCUGUGUCUUGUGGGCUGGCUGGCCAACGGCUCAGCUGCCCACCCUGUCGUGUUCCCUGCGGCAGACUGUGGUGGUGGCCAAGUGGGCAUCGUCAGCCUGGGUGCCCGUCAGAACUUUUCAGAGCGCUGGGACGCCUAUUGUUACCGCAUACAAGAUGUAAAAUGCCAAUGUCGUGACGGCUUUGUGGGUGACGGGGCCAGCAUGUGCAAUGGGAAGCUGCUUGAUGUAUUGGCUGCCACUGCCAACUUCUCGACUUUCUAUGGGAUGCUGUUAGGCUACGCCAACGCCACCCAGCAAGGUCUCGACUUCCUGGACUUCCUGAAUGAUGAACUCACCUACAAGACACUCUUUGUUCCUGUCAACGAAGGCUUUGUGGACAACAUGACACUGAGCGGUCCAGACCUGGAGCUGCACGCAUCCAAUGCUACCUUCCUGAGUGCCAACAUAAGCCAGGGUGUCUUGCUCCCUGCCCACUCUGGCCUCAACCUCGUCAUCAGUGAGGUGGGCCCUGGCAACAGUUCUUGGACCCCUGUGGUCCCAGGGGCUGUUGUGGUUGGCAGUGUUAUCCAAUGGGACAUCAUUGCCUUCAAUGGCAUCAUCCAUGCUCUAGCCAGCCCCCUCCUAGCACCCCCACAGCCUAGGGCAGUGCUGGCCCGUGAGGCCCUACCUGUGGCAGCAGGUGUGGGGGCUGUGGUGGCUGCUGGAGCACUAUUGGGUCUGGUGGCAGGAGUCCUCUACCUUCGUGCCCGAGGCAAGACCCUGGGUUUUGGCUUCUCUACCUUCCAGGCAGAUGAUGCGGAUGAUGACUUCUCCCCGUGGCAAGAGGGGACCAGCCCAGCCCUGGUCUCUGUACCCAACCCUGUGUUUGGCAGCCAAGAUGACUUCUGUGAGCCUUUUGAUGACUCAUUCCUGGAGGAGGACUUCCCAGACACCCAGAGAAUCCUGGCAGUCAAGUGA